AUGAUCUUGGCCAUAGCUAAUGCUAAUAUGGUUCAAAAGUACCCACUCACAUAUGGUGGUAAAAGAAGCAUUAUGAAUAUUAUGGUUGAAGUUGAAAACAAGAUCAAAUCUCAUUCACCACUAGAUACAAUCAAAGGAGUUCUUGAUAAUUUCAAAUCAGCUGUCACUGAAGAAUAAGGAACUCAUGAUGCAGUCUAUGUUGCUCAAUAAGCUGAAUGUUAAAGUGAAAUUGGCUACAGAAAAGCAGAAGUUGAUGAUACUAUAGGCACACUCAAAAUUGCCAAUGGAAUCCUGAUGUUUGCUUCUGUUUCCACAAAAAUGAACAAAGCUUUCAUGAUUCCAUUGGCUGCCUUAGCUUCUAUUAAAUAAGAGGAGAAUGCUGCCGGUGCAGCAGAAAGACUUAAGCAGAUGUUGAAGAAGCUUGGGCUUCCUAUACAGCUGAAAAAAAAAUGCACUAGCUCUAUUCAUCUAAUAAAAGAUUUAUUCUUAGCUACUUAAGAAAGACUUGAAUCUUCAAAAUAAUAAUUGGUUAUAAAAUCUGAAAAUAUUCAUGGAGUAAUCACAGUCUAAACAGCCGUUGCAUAAGCUGCUGCUGGCAAGAAGUAAAGAAACCAAAUCUUAUGGGACGACGCAGAAGAUUUAUGCCUUAGUUUUGAUGUAGAAUACGAAGCUGUUAGUAUAAGAGUUAGAAAGAGCCGUCGAGAGAAGAGCUGCAGAAUAAUAAUGAGAUAUAAAUCAAUUUAGAUAUCAUAUCAAUUUUUUAUUCAAUAUUAAUUUGGCUUCAAAGCCUUUAAAAAAGGACACAAAUAAUCAGCUGCAGAUUGUAUCAUUUUGUUAUUAAGAUCGUUUUAGUAUGAAUAAAUUAGUAAGAAAAAAAGAGAUGAAAUAUUUAAUAUAUUUCCAAAAUGA